AUGUCUUUCACUGCACUUCUCCGCAAAUCGGCCUCCACUGUAGCCCCACUAGCGAGUCGACUCGGCCAGAGAGGUUACCACUCUGCCCUCUUCUCUUCCCUGAACCACCAAGUCAGUCUCCCUCACAAAAAUCCAUCUCCUGUUGUUCCAUUUCUGCACCGUUUUUGUUCUACGGCUAUUGAAACUCAGAGGCCCAAUUCGACUGAGUCGCUUGUUCGAGUUCUUGAAUCGGAAAUCAAGAUUGCCCAGGAAACAGAUGAUCAUGAUCGUCCUGUUAGUUUUGAUUUCCUUGUUCUUGGCUACCAACGCUUUCUACUAUGCUCUAAGGGCGCCUUCCAAUCUGUUUGGUCACAAAGAAAUGUCAUGGAAGAGAAGAAACUUAGGUUGGUAGAAGAGCUUCCAAAGGACUUCCCUUUCAAGUUUGAUGACAACGUUGGGCAACAAACCGUGAUACUGACAAGAGAAUAUGAAGGUGAACUCGUGAAAGUUGAAGUUCACAUGCCUGAUCUUGUUACUGGGGAGGAUAAUGAUAUUCGUGAUGACAAUGAUGAUAAGGAACGGUCAAUGAAAUCUACCAUCCCUUUAGUUGUCACAGUCUCUAAAAAGAGUGGAACUUGUCUAGUGUUUGACUGUGUAGCUUAUGAUGAUGAGAUAUUAAUUGACAGUAUGUCAAUUAAAGUUCCUGAAACUUCUGAAGAUCAAAUGGCCUAUGGCGGGCCUAACUUCCAUGAUUUGGAUGAAAAUCUGAAGAAGGGUUUACACAAGUAUCUGGAGAUCAGAGGAAUAAAGCCCAGCACCACCGAUUUCUUGCUCGAGUACAUGAUCAACAAAGACAGUCGAGAAUACCUGGGAUGGUUGAACAACCUUAAGCAGUUCAUCGAAGCAUAA